GCGGCGGGACUUUGGUUCGGCUGGAGCGGCAGAAGCAGCCGCCGCAGGGUGACCACAGGCCCCACAGUCAAGGUCUUCGGACGAAUACAACUCGCAACUAUGGACCUGUCCGAAGAGGAAGUGAGCCUCUACUACCUCGGUUUUUCGAACCGAACGCUAUGGCCGCUCCUGCACAGCUUCCCGAUGCGCGUUGUCAUACGUCAUGACAGCUACCGCGCAUACCGCCGCAUCAAUCAGCGCUUCGCCCAGGCGCUGUUGCCAUUUCUGAGAUCCGAUGACCUUGUAUGGGUGCAGGACUUUCACCUAUUCCACCUUGGACAUGAACUGCGCCGUCUGGGAUGGCAGGGCAAGUUGGGCUUCUUUCUGCAUGUGCCCUUCCCUUCGGCGGAUGUAUUCAGCAUACUGCCCUGGGCGGGUGAAGUGCUGGAAGCGCUGCUGCAAUACGACCUCGUGGGGGUGCACGAGCAACGCUACAUGCGCAACCUGAUAGAUUCUCUGGAUGUAGAGCUUGGCGGCGAAUCGAACGGCGACGACUAUUGCUACCGCGGCAAGACGGCUCGGCUGGGGGUGUUCCCAAUCGGCAUAGACCCCGAUGCUUUCAGGCCGAGUGAGUACAGGAAUACGCACACCCUCUCCGAUGAACUGUCGUUGGCGAACGUACCCGAUCGCAAGCUGAUUCUCGGAGUUGACCGCCUCGACUACACCAAGGGCAUCCCGCAUCGCCUCCGCAUAUUCGAGCGACUACUGGAACGGCACCCAAACCUUGGCGGCAAAAUUCUGUAUGUCCAGAUUUCAUCGCCGUCGAGAACCCGCGUGCCGGAGUAUGUGCAGGAGAAGGAUCAGGUCGAGCGUCUGGUCGGGCAGAUUAACGGACGCUUCUCCGAGGCCGGCUGGGUGCCUAUCCGAUACCUCUACCGCUCCUACGCCCAAAUCGAACUGGCAGGCUUCUAUCACGACGCCGAUGUCUGCCUUGUAACGCCCCUGAGGGACGGCAUGAACCUCGUCGCCAAAGAGUUUGUGGCGGCGCAAAGCGAUGACUCGCCCGGUGUGCUGGUAUUGUCCCGCUUCGCAGGCGCUGCAAGCGCGAUGAAAGACGCUGUAAUCGUCAAUCCGUACGACAUCGAAGGUACGGCCGAAGCCACAUACCGCGCGCUCCGGAUGCCGGUCGGGGAGCGGCGGCGGCGCAACCGCAGUCUUCAGUCCGUCGUUAAGCGGGAUUCGUCGCAGAACUGGAGCGAUACAUUCUGCGCCACAUUGCAAAGCAUCUGA